UCCUCCUCUGAACCUCCAUCAUGUCGGACCCCUGCUCCUUCUCCUCCUUCACCAGCUGCGUGACGCGGCACCUCAACCUGCGGCUGCAGGUGGACUUUACCCGGAGGGUCCUCCGCGGGAAGGUGGCGCUGACGGUGGAGGCUCUGGAGGACAAAUUCAGCAGCUUGACUUUGGACACCAGCGACCUGACCGUCUCCGCGGUGACGGCCAACCAGCAGCCGGCCCGCUUCAGCCUGGGCCCCAAACACAGCUUCAAGGGGGCCCCGCUGGAGAUCCAGCUGCCCUUCAGCCUGUCCAGGGGGCAGCAUGUCAUCGUGGAGGUGACCUAUGAGACGGCCCCAUCGGCGACGGCGCUGCAGUGGCUCACACCUGAGCAGACAGCCGGGAAGAAGCAGCCCUACCUGUUCAGCCAGUGUCAGGCUCAUCACUGCAGGAGUAUGAUCCCCUGUCAGGACAGCCCGUCAAUCAAACACACCUACUACUCUCAGGUGUCUGUCCCCAAGGACCUGGUGGCCGUGAUGAGCGCCGUGAGAGAUGGACAGGAAGUGGAUCCAGAAGACGCCGGUCGAGUCAUCUACAGGUUCAGGCAGCCGGUGUCCAUGCCGUCCUACCUGAUAGCCAUCGUGGUCGGGGCCCUGGAGAGCAGGGAGAUCGGGCCGAGGACCAGGGUCUGGUCCGAGAAGGAGUUCGUGGACAAAGCAGCGUUCGAGUUCUCUGAGACGGAGACGAUGCUGAAGACGGCGGAGGAUCUGGCCGGGCCGUACGUGUGGGGUCAGUACGACAUCCUGGUUCUGCCUCCGUCCUUCCCGUACGGUGGCAUGGAGAACCCGUGCCUCACCUUCGCCACGCCCACCCUGCUGGCCGGAGACAAGUCUCUGUCUAACGUCAUCGCCCACGAGAUCUCCCACAGCUGGACCGGUAACCUGGUGACCAACAAGACCUGGGAGCACUUCUGGUUGAACGAGGGUCACACCGUCUACCUGGAGAGGAUGAUCGGCGGCCGCAUGCACGGCGAGCAGUUCCGGCAGUUCAAGGCCAUGGGCGGCUGGAAGGAGCUGCAGGACUCUGUGAACACCUUCGGAGCCAACAACCCUCUGACCAACCUGGUGCCGCGGCUGCAGGACGUCAACCCCGACGACGCCUUCUCCUCCGUGCCCUACGAGAAGGGCUUCGCGCUGCUGUACCACCUGGAGGAGCUGAUGGGCGGGCCAGACGUGUUCAUGGGCUUCGUGAAGUCUUACAUCCAGAUGUUCGCCUACAGCAGCGUCACCACCGAGGAGUGGAAGAACUACCUGUUCACCUACUUUAAAGACAAGGUGGACGUCCUGAACAAGGUGGACUGGAACGCCUGGAUGUUUACUCCCGGGAUGCCUCCCGUCAAACCCAAGUACGACACCACGAUGGCCGACGCCUGCAUAGCUCUGAGUCAGCGGUGGAUCCAGGCCAAAGACCAGGACCUGAACGGCUUCAAAGAGGCCGACGUGAAGUCUCUGUCCUCCCACCAGAUGAUCGAGUUCCUGUCCCUGCUGCUCCAUGAGGCGGCGCUCCCGCUGACUCACGUGAAGAGGAUGCAGCAGGUCUACCAGCUGAACUCCUGCAUGAACGCCGAGAUCCGCUUCAGGUGGCUGCGGCUGUGCGUGCGGUCCAAGUUGGAGGAGGCGGUUCCCAUGGCGCUGAAGAUGGCGACGGAGCAGGGCAGGAUGAAGUUCACCCGGCCGCUCUUCAGGGAAGUUUUCAACUUUGAGAAGUACCGGGACGAGGCGGUCAAGACCUUCCUGGCCAACCGGGCCGCCAUGCACCCGGUGACCGCCGGGCUGACGGCCAAGGACCUGAAGGUGGACGCCGCCGCCGCUCCCUGAGGCUGGACCGGGAUGAGGGCCCGAGGCCCGAGACCAGGACCGGGUCCAGGCACCAGGACCGAAGUCAGGGCACCAGAACCAGUAUUAAAGUCUUAUUCAGGGUUCUUUUCUAUUUUUAUGCUUUUUAUUGUUUCAGUUGGACGUUUUUCUGUCCGGCAGAAAUAAAGUCUGAGCUGAA